GGAGGGAGGGACGGGAGGGUUCUCCGCCCGUUCUCCGUUCCCUGCCGGGUUCCCCGUUCUCUGGCGGAGUCUCUAUUCUCUGCCCUGUUCCCCGUUCUUUGCCGCUGCCUCUUGCGGAGGAAAGCGGAGUUUUACAAUACUCGAGCUCUCUCGUGGGAGGGCCGAACCAGCGAACCAACCGAACACUGUGCAGUGUGAAGUGUUGAACAACUUCCUCGCAGGGAGGACGGUUCUCAACUCCCGAGAAGGCCGUUGUUUAUUUCUAACUGCGGAAGGCCAAGCUCCUUUUCACGAAGAAUCUCUUGUCUCUGUUAAGUCAGCUCCCAGUUUCUGAGAGCAAAAUAUUUGACAGAAUAUCCAAGGGGAGAGAAGCACCCUGGUGCUGGUUCUCAGCAUAAGGAGUUUUGAGACUGGCUGAUUUCUCAGGAGCAAGAAUCAACAUUUCAACAGCUUUCACUUUUCCUCUGGCUUUGCAUUAAAAUGUUUUUGUAGGAUGGACUUAGAGCUCCUGAAGAGGCUGCGCCAGGUCAGCCAGGAUCUUCUACAAAGGCUGAGAAUGAAGCAGGAAGAGAUCAGAAAAGAACUUCCCAGCAAGCUACUCCUUCCAACACCUCUUCAAAGCAGUGCAGCUGCUGACAGAUGUGUCCCCUUGCCCAGGAGAGUGAAGGAAAACCAGGUGGAUGCAGUAAAGUCUACAGCUGACCCUGAAAUAAUGGUGUUGGUGGAACCCAGGGCUGACCCAGCCCUCAGUUCAUCUGUUAAACACAGCAGCAGUGACAGAGGGGUACAGCAUCCGCAAGCAAAGCCACAGGAAGGAGCAGGUUUUAAUUCCAGCUGUCCUGGCAAAGAUAAGAAUGUUACACCAGUGUCUGCAAUGUGUGGCAGAGAAGUCUCCAGAGUGGAUGGGGAUGGCCAUGCUCAAGGAAGUCCAAAGAAAGAAUCCUCCUUCCUGGGACAUGGAGAGAUCAGAAAACAGUCUGCUCUACUGCACAGUUUCCAUGAGAAAAGUCAUUCAGAGCCAUCAGUGAGCAGAGUGCAAAAUAAAGAGCCCAGUGAGCAGCAUGUGGUCGUCAGAGAGCCCCAUAUCCCUAAAUCAGUCCUGCUGACAUCUCGGUCCAAAGAGUUGAAGAAGGAAGCUUCUCAUGUGACUUUUCAGCCUGAACCUGAAGAAGAUACCAUACCUGUCAGCAACUGGUCUGCCUGUCCUUUACUGGGCUAUGACUGGAUUGCAGGGCUCCUUGAUACAAAGUCUCCAGUAACAGAAAAACCUGAGCAAUACUUUGCUGAGCUGCAGGAGUUCCGACAGUCCAACAGGGACACUUGUUUUCAUCAGCAGCACCUGGAGCCCAAGGCUCUGGAUCCACAAGAAUUGGAUUCCAUAACUGGUUCUCAUAAGUGUGUUUACUGUUACCGACUGAACCAGCGCCUCUUCACCAUCCCUGUGGAUUCACAAUCUGCCUGCCCUGUGUGUAAGAUCCCAUGUACCCACCAGCCCUCAGGGACACUGGAAGAGCCAGCCUAUGUCAGGGUCAGCAUUCCCAGGUCUGCCCUUUUGCCAGCCUACAAAUACAGAGCCCAUCGCAGGAGGAGCUUUGAGGCUGCAGAUGAUCUGGCACUGCCUUCGCAUUGCCUGGCUGGCUGGGAAAACAUGGUCCCUUCCAGCAGGGCCCUGCUCAGCAGCUUGGAUCUGCGAGCCUCCUUGGAGGAGAAGCCUUCUCCCUCUCCUCCCCUGGACUCAGUGUCCAGUGUCAGGAGGAGCCAAAACUGGUGAGUUUCUACACCUGCCUCACUUGGCACAGCUGAGGUUCAGCAGAGCAAACCAGGACACCAGACAGCAGCUCUCAGUUCAGACCCCACUCCGUCAGCACUCUGCACCGUUGACUUGAUUGUCCUGGGGAAGGGAUGGGCACAGCACAUGGUGACAACUCAGCAAUGAAGCACUUUGGGAAACAAUGAAUCUUUGGACAGAUUUUCCCCGGUUUUCAUGGUCAUGCGUGGUUGUGAGCAACCAACGUAGAGAUAGGACUUUGUACAGCCCACUCUGCUCACUUUGCAUUUUUUGCCUUUUACAGCUACUUGUGAGCAGCUGCAGGAGCUGUCCCAGCUAGGGCUGGAUAAAGUCAUGUCCAGGAUCAGCAGUGCAUCUCUCACCUCAACUGAGUCACCAGCAGUGUAGCAAUAGCUCUGAAUGCCAGGGUGAGGAAUUGGCCUGUGAAGGGCCUGGGUCAGUGGAGUGACACAGAUAUGUUUAUUUCCAAAUAUUUGAAACAUGAUACACAAUUUUCUAGUGCCUUAAACUUGAGUACCUCAAAAAUUUGUAAAAAUUCUAAAACUCCAGUUUAUUCUCAGUGCAAUGUGUGUAGCUAUAGAGUGUAUUACAUCAGAGUAAAUGAACGUGAAAAAAAAAUGUUAAAAUGAGAUUUUAUUCAUCAAUGAGCUAGAUAAUGCCUUAAAAUGUUUGCAAAUUUUGUUUACUUUUCCAAGUUUUCUGGAGAUAAACCA